CGCUUGUCACCGCAUCCUAACUUCGAUGUGGAAUAAAAACUUGAAUAUUUCAUAUAAAUAAAUAUUUAUAAGUAUAUAAAUUUAAAAAUACAUAUAGACAACUGUAUAUUUUAUAUAUAUAUAUCUAUAUAUCUAUAUAAAAAUGUCCGAGGACAGCGAAAUAACCUGGGACACAAAAGUAAUUAAGUAGUAUAGAAUAAAAAAAAAAACCAACAAGUAGUAAAAAAAAAGUCGGCGAUGAGGAAGUGAAAGGUGUUUUAAAUUGUGUUGAAAGUCGUGAUGAGGAUUGUGUCACGGUUUGGAUACGAGUACUACGAGUACCGUGUUACUUGUAAGGAUUAUUUAUUAAUAAUAAUUACAAUAAUAAUAGUAAAUUAUUUAAAUAAUAAUAAAAAUAUUCCUGGUAAAAUAAUUAAAAAAAGUGUAGUAAGUGAUUUUUAUAAUAAAAAUACGACGCGGUGGCACGAUUGGAGGACUGGUGGUCUUGCAAGACUCAAGAGACCGGCGUCCUGGUCAUUAACCGGCACCUAACAAUGUCUGGAUCUAUAUAUUUUUAUUAAUUAUUAUAUAUAUUCAUAUUAUAUUAUUAUUUUAAAGUAAAUAAUUUAAAGCGCGCUUUGAAUAAAUUUUAAAAUUUUUAAAUUAUUGUGUGAUUGGAAAAUAUUUUUUUGUGAUUUGUUUAAUAGUUGAUUUGUUUGAUGAUUUGUUAUUUUAUUAAUUGAUAAAUUAAUUUUUUUAAUUGAUUAAUUAAUAAAAAAGUUAUCAGUUGAUGUUGAGGGAGAAAAUGUGUUGGCUGGUUUUUUAUCGACUGAGUGUAAUUUUAUUAUUUAGUUUUAUUAUUUAUAAAUUAUAAUUGUUUUGUUAUGAAAUAAAAGUUUGGCGGGAAAUUUAAAAUGAAAAUGGGUGAUUCUGAGUGGUUUUAAUUUAUUGACGGGGGAGGGAGAGUGGAAUUAUUUAUAGUUGAGUGAUUUUUAUAAUUAACUGGUGGUCUACUAACUAUGCUCAAGUUUUUAACGCACAAACUGAGGACCCACUCGAUUAACGAGGAUCCGAAUCAUGAAAAGGUGGAUGAUGACCAUGACUCAGGAACAGAGUCUGAUGACGAGUUUCAAGAUGGAAUUGACGUUUCCAUUGAACCAUCGAGUCCAAUGGCAAGUUCAUCAAGUCCAGGACUUACUGAUUCCGCAGUUCCAUCCGACACUGAUUUCGGUUGCCCACCACCACCGGCAGCUUUUGCAUUAAUUGGAACACCCAGUGAAGAGAUAGAGACGAAUACGUCGAAACUUUCAAUAUCCAGCUUAGCAUCCCAACGUUUACCAGGGAAUAUCACUAGAAUAACAAGCUCAGCGUUGUCUUCAUGCAAAUCUCAUGAUAAUAACUUACACCUGUCGAGUUACAACGAUCAGCACAGCUCUGAGGAAGAACUUGAAGUUAUAAAUAGCCCUAAAGUAAUAGCAUCCCAGGGUUGUAGACCAGCAACAGCACCAGAGAAACGUAAAUGGUCCCAAGUUAAUAAUACGAGCAGUAAUUUAAAACAAACAACGCAUUGUAAUCAGUCGCAAGGACAACAAGGACAUAAUCAGACAAUUUCUGGUCCUAGUUCCUGUACUGGUGCUGGUACUAGUUCUGGUAUUUGUAAUUCUGGUCAUGGUAGUACUGGAGAUAUUACUGGGAUCGUUGCGACAUGUUCAGCACCAGUUAGCAGAGCAGGUAGAGAACCUGGCUCUGGUUCGAGUGAUGAAGAGGUUCAAGGUCUAUUGGAUGAUAGUAAUAGUAGUGCCCUAUCACAACCAGUACAAUUUCGUACUUCGCCACCUGUAGAUGCUCACAAACCCGGAAGAUCUCAAUCACCGCCGCCAAAACUUUUUCACGCAUCGACGAGGGAAACACGACCACCACCAAGACCAAGAUCUAGGCCGAGGCAUCAUCAUCUCUAUCAUCUUCAUCAUCAUCACCACCACCAUCACCAUCAUCAGCAGCAUCAUUUUCAGCAGCCGCAGCAGCAACAGCAGUUUAAUGUUGAAAUGGACAUUGGUGAAUUGAGUGCGUGUAGUCCAAGGAAGAGACAUAGACCACCUCAUCGACAACCACGGCCUUGUUUAGAUUUUGAAAAAAUGCAACAGUUAAAAGCCCGUGCAGUGACGGCCUGGAGGCACAGUGGCGAGCAUGGAAGUGAACUUUCUGUUUUUUGUUGGUGAGAAUGGUGAACCGUGAGCCAAAAAUCGAUAAAAAGAUUUCUGGUGAUCGGUUGAAAAAAAUAAAAUGAAAAAAAAAAACUCUUUAACA